CUACAAGUCCGUGAAUGCAGCGCAGUAAUCAAGCCGCCUGUAUUCCGCGCGCGGCGUCUCUCUGCGGCCAUGGUAACACUCAACACGGGACUUCUGAUUCAAAGAACAACACAAACAAGGGCUUUUCAUGCAGCCAUCUAGCUGCUCCUCACCAUGAAUUUGUCCGAGAUCUGUGACAACGCCAAGAAGGGUCGCGAGUACGCGCUGCUGGGGAACUACGAGUCCUCCGCCGUGUACUACCAGGGCGUCGUUCAGCAGAUCCACAAGCACUGCCAGUCCCUCAGGGACCCGGCGCUCAAAGCCAGGUGGCAACAGGUCAGGCAGGAACUCACCAACGAGUAUGAGCAGGUGAAAGGCAUCAUGGGAACGCUGGAGAGCUUCAGGUCCGAGAAGCCAGCUGAUGUUCUCGCCCCUCAGUGGGAGAGGCCUGAAGAUCCAGAUGUGUGGCCCCCUCCCACCCCUGCAGAGCACCGGAAUGUGGUCCCAGUGAAGCGCCCCAACAGUGCGGCGAAGCAGCAAAGGAAGGAGUCCCCUGGUCUGCAGCAUAAAGGGGCGGGGCCAGGAGGCCGCGGCCAGGCCAACCAGAAACCAGACCGGCACGGUCCCAGAGGCACAAAGGCCAAAGAGGAUAAGGGGAAGAAAGAUCCUGAUGGAGAUCAGAAGAGAUUCGACGGCACGGGAUAUGACAGCGACCUGGUGGACUCGCUGGAGAGAGAUAUUGUGUCCCGCAACCCCAACGUACACUGGGACGACAUCGCUGACCUGGAGGACGCUAAGAAGCUGCUGAGAGAAGCGGUGGUCUUGCCCAUGUGGAUGCCCGACUUCUUUAAAGGCAUCCGUCGCCCCUGGAAGGGCGUGUUGAUGGUUGGCCCCCCCGGGACGGGGAAGACCAUGUUGGCCAAAGCUGUGGCCACAGAAUGCGGGACGACGUUCUUCAACGUGUCCUCCUCCACCCUCACCUCCAAAUACAGGGGCGAGUCAGAGAAGCUGGUCCGCCUGCUGUUUGAAAUGGCCCGCUUUUAUGCACCAACCACCAUCUUCAUAGACGAGGUGGACUCCAUCUGUGGCAGGAGAGGAACGUCUGAUGAACACGAGGCCAGCCGCCGGGUCAAAUCCGAGCUCCUGGUGCAGAUGGACGGCGUGGGGGGAGCUCUGGAUAAUGAUGACCCCUCUAAGAUGGUGAUGGUGCUCGCCGCCACCAACUUCCCGUGGGACAUCGACGAGGCGUUACGGCGGCGCCUGGAGAAGAGGAUCUACAUCCCCCUGCCCACAGCUGAGGGUCGUGUGGAGCUUCUGAAGAUCAACCUCAGAGAGGUGGAUGUGGCUGCUGACGUGGACCUGGACCUCAUCGCUGAGAAGAUUGAGGGCUACUCCGGAGCAGACAUCACCAACGUCUGCAGGGAUGCGUCCAUGAUGGCGAUGCGGCGACGAAUCCAGGGCCUGAGCCCCGAGGAGAUCCGAGCUCUGUCUAAAGACGAGCUGCAGAUGCCCGUGACCAUGGAGGACUUCACCCUCACGCUCAGGAAGAUCUCAAAGUCCGUCUCCGCUGCCGACCUGGAGAAGUACGAAGCCUGGAUGACGGAGUUUGGGUCGGUGUAGAGAACGGGGCCUUCU